GGAUGGUGUGUAGGGUCAAUCCGCGCUGCCAUGGAUACCAGGGACGCCGCUUUCUCUGUAAGAUAAACACGUGGGGGCGGGACGUGCUGCUACCGGACAGGACGGUCUCUGCACGCAGCCGCUGGGCUCCAAGCCUGUAGAUUUCUGGUUGUCUGGCAGAAGAACCUGAGGACAUGGACAAGCAUAUCCCAAUGCAUCCAUUACCAGAAGAGAUUCAAAUGAUGCCUCGUGAUGAGACUGUUUGCAAGUAUUGCGGAGUCAGUUAUCUAAUACUCCAUGAAUUUAAGCUUCUGGAAGAUAAAUUGAAGGCACUGGAAAAAGAGUUGCGCUUUAACCAGGGAAGUGUGGAGCGGGAGAAACGCCUUCAAGAUGAACUACACCGUCUCAGCCAAGAGCAUGAACAAAGCAAGGCUGACAGUGAGUCCAAAACAGAAAGACUAAAGACUGCAGCAAUGCAAAUUAAAGAAAAAGAAGAUCUACUUCAGAGUUUGACAAAGGAGUUUAUAACCUGUCAGCAUGCCGUAAGAGUUGCACAAGACCAAAAGCAGCUGUUGGGGGAGAAGUCUGCUAAGCAAGAAGCAAACCUAAUGAAUACCUUGUCAUUGCUGAGAUUUCUUCAGUCAGAACAGAGUGUUAUUAAAUCAGAUGUCUGUGCCAUUAUUGCAGAGUGCCAUGCUCUCAGAAGAGAUAUUGGUAGCCAAGUAGAUGAAAUAUCCAGAAGGCUGUCAGCAGAAAUAAUGAGCCUUCAUGAACAGCUUGCAGAAUCCCAGUCAGAAAAUGUUUGCCUCCAAAAUCAGAUAAAAGAACUACAAUGUGUCUCCGAUUCUGUGGGGUUGACAUCACAGCAGCUUCAAGACUUGCGUGAAAUAGAAAAGGAAUUGAAAAAUAAAUGUCACGAUCUGCAAAAGGAAAUCUUAGACUUACAACAACAGUUGGAAACAGUGGGAAUGGAGUUCCAUAAUGUAACUAAAGAACAGCAGCACCACAAGGACACUGCCAUACAAAAAAGUAAAGAAGUUGCUGAACUCAAAAACAUACUUCACAGAAUGGAAUAUGAUAAAGAAUCCUUAGAAUUGAGGCUUACUAAGCAACUUGGGGAGAAAGAUGAUGCCGUGACACAUCUGCAUGAGAUGUGCAGGCACUUACAGGAAGAGAUCGCAGAAAUGGGAAGCGCAGAAGAAAAUUACAGAAGGAGAACUCAAGUUUUGGAGAGGGAACUGGAAACAAUGAAGGACGUUUUAAAGCAAAAUCAAGAAGAAGUAGAUCAUUUGAAACAGGAAAGAGAACUGCAAAUUGUUUCAUAUCAAAACAGAAUUGAGAAGCUACAGGAAACCAUCAAACAGAGAAUGUUGAGUGAAGACAGCUGGGAGACAAAGAUGCAGAAUGAAUUAGAGAGUCAAUGCCAAAAAUACUUACAGAAGCUUGAGGACACGGAGCGGAGGUUUCGCGAAGAAACAAUCAUGGAGGUGGACAUUGAAAGACAAAAACAUAAAGAAAUUUUAAUUAUAUUUCAAAAUAAGAAUAAGAAACUUGAAGAAAAGAUACCUACACUCAUAAGCAGGGCAUGUGAAGGACUACACGCUGAGACAAACAUGCUGGGAAAGAAGCUACAGGAGGCUCAGGCAAGACUCGCAGACAAAGACAGAGCAAAAGAUAUGGAGGUUGCAAACCUGAAAAAUAUAGUCUCCGAGUUGGAACUUCGGUUAAAAAGAGAACAAGACCACAGUACCUCUGCUUUAGAUGACAUGAGAAAAGACAUUCGUGCAAAGGCAGAGAAACUGAAAGAGAGUAACCUAAACUGUGCAGAGCUGAGACAUCUCCUGGAUCAGUCUACACAAGAGAAUGCAUUCCUUAAGGAAACUGUGCGCAUGGAAUGUGAAGAACGCUAUGAGCUCUCUGAGGCCCUGACCCAGGCCAGAGAACAAGUGCUUGAACUAAAGAAAGUCUGUGGAAAUAUCCAAUUCACACAAAGAUCAUUCACUUCAGACAAGUCUGUGCCAUCACACAAGAUGAGCAGUUCUGGCCAUGAAACAAAGUUAAUGAGUUUAUCAGGGACGUAUAGGUCUGCUAAUAUAACCACUCUGAAUGGGCACAGUGCUGGUAGUUCUUUACCUAUAUUGCAGACACCAUAUCCGCUGAAGAAGAGAGCAUCUUCACUAACCGAUACGCGGCAAAAGAUUACUGCAGUUCUCAGUAAAAACCCUAGUCAACUGUAGCCAACAACGUGGCAAGAGAAGAUGUCUUUGCAUGAGUUCUCCACGGAAUUGGUUUUGCUGGAAUAAUCUGGGAACUCUUAAGAAAUGUGUAUCACAUCCAAGUCACGUUUUGCCACAAUUUGUACAGAGUCUGCUUAUUAGACCAUGGCCAUUAUAGGUAGAGCAUCAGAAAGUUGGUAUUGUAGUAUGGUGCUAGACUGUGUUGAGCAUCUAAGAUUGUCAUUGCUUCAGUGAUAUUUAAUAGUUCAGCAUCAGCAGUGAAACUUGCUUUUAUUUUGCCCAAUCAAUCGAUCUGUGUGUGUGUAUACAUAUAUUUCUCUAACGACCUAGUGGAUGCUGGGGACCCCGUGAGGACC